UUCUUCUUCCUCUUUUGUCUUUGAGGCAGAAUCGAACCUCCUCUAGGCCGCUCUGCAGCAGCGGAAGCUCACGAAGCAAGAAGAGCACUUUCGUCAGGGCACGCGCAUCAGACACCCACCAUGGUGAAGUACUCCAGAGAGCCCGACAACCCCACCAAGUCUUGCAAGGCUAGGGGCUCUGAUCUCAGGGUUCAUUUCAAGAACACACGAGAGACGGCCUUUGCAAUAAGAAAGCUGUCUUUGGCCAAAGCGAAGAGGUACCUGGAGGAUGUGCUGGUGCACAAACAAGCAAUACCGUUCCGACGAUUUUGCCGCGGUGUCGGAAGGACUGCUCAGGCGAAAAACAGGCACUCUAAUGGGCAAGGGCGGUGGCCGGUGAAAUCAGCUAGAUUCAUUCUUGAUUUGUUGAAGAAUGCCGAGAGUAACGCCGAAGUGAAGGGUUUGGACGUCGAUGCGCUCUAUGUAUCUCAUAUCCAGGUGAACCAGGCUCAGAAGCAAAGGCGCCGCACCUACAGGGCUCACGGAAGAAUCAACCCGUACAUGUCAUCUCCUUGCCACAUCGAGUUGAUUUUGUCAGAAAAGGAAGAACCCGUGAGGAAAGAGCCGGAGACUCAGUUGGCAACCAGCAAAUCUAAGAAGUCGCAAGCUUGAGGCGGCAGUUCUUCCUCUCAGGAAAACUCUUUCGAUAGACGGACCUCGUUUUUUCAUUUGAACUAUUUGCCAUGGUAGUAUUCAGGAGAUUUGUCGUCACCUUUUGGUACGAGAGGUACUCUUUUUUCCCCAUACGUAGUAUGUCUUAGUCCUCAGGGCUUGCUCGAUUGAAUAUUUUCCGGGUUCUUGGUCAGGACAGUCCAGCGAGCUAUGUAUGUGUUCAGGGUCCUCCAAACUAAAUUGUUUCCUCAAAUCAAAAUCAGCAUCGCUGUUUUCUUCA